UAGAAUUGUACUUUCCAGAAAUAUUCUUGUGCUACUACAUAUUAAGAGGCAUCUACAAAUGGAUACCGAUGUGUCUGAUUUUUGGAAUAUCCUUAAGGCGGAUGUGCUCAAAGCCGACAAAGCAGAAAACAUCAGUAACAAAGACAAUGGUAUAAUAAUCGAUCUGGAGAUGGCUUUACAUUCCAUUUUUCCCAGAGUCCAGAUUUAUGCAUUUGGGUCCCGAGUUAUGGGUGUCGGUGUUGAACAUUCAGAUUUGGAUUUGUACUUGAGCAUUGGUAGUGGUUUAUACAGCGAGAAGCCGUCCAAGGAUGAUUUUCAAAAUCAGGUGAAAGUUGUCGAGGCUAUCAAAAGGAAUUCUUCGAAGUGGGCUUUUAUUCGCAAAACCAGUGGCAGACUUCCUUUAGUAAUUGUUCGGCACAAAGCUUUGAAUAUCCGUUGUGACAUAAGUUUUUCGACGAAGAUGACUUAUGAUCAGAACCAGCUGGUAAAGUAUAUUUUUAGUUUGCAGCCCAUAGCUCGAUACAUGGUAAUAUAUCUUCGAGGCUUGUCCCACAGAUAUCAGAUUCGCAAAUUUCGGGCCCAUAUACAUAUAUUAAUGGUAAUAUAUUUUCUUCAAGUUCAUCAUAAACUACCAAGCAUCUUCGAUUUGCAAUUUGGUCUUUCACCAAACAUUUUCCCUUGGAUAACCAAUUAUAAAAAUUUGGGUUUGUCUCAUUUCGAUAUGACACCAAUCCCAUUGAACGAAGGAGAGGCUCGUUCGAUUAUGAAAUCUUUUUUCAACUACUAUUGUGGAUUUAAUUUUGAACUACUAGUCGUUUGUCCCUGGCUUGGACGCCAGGUCCAACGCGAUGAGCUGAAUUCACUUUUACCGAAUAGAUUUCAAGGCUAUCGUUUAAUAAAUACUGCCCGCCACCCAAUGAUCUUACAGGAUCUAGUACAUCUAAACCAAAACAAAGCCUAUUCUAUUGAAAUUACAGACUUGGAAUAUUUUAAACAGAUAUGUGGCCAGCAAGAAAAAAACAUAUAAUGUGAAUCCGAUUUAAAAUAAAUCUUAAAACUUUAGGAAAA